GGGGGCGUCUGGAGAGAGGCCUCAGCUCAAUAAUGUAAUGGGCCGCCCACGUGACUCUAGGAAGGCGGAGACAGGCGAGCUGGAGAGAAGACUGACAGGCUGCUUGGAGGGAGGUGAGGAGGGGGUCGAACUGAAUAAUUGAGGAGCUGUUCAGCAGCAGCGGCUACCUCCUGCCUUCCUUUGCCACCGCCACUCCGCAUCACAGUGGGAGAGACAGACUCUGGCGCUGUAAGUGCAGACGACUAGCCACCAGUCCCCGCAGCCUGUUAAUCGCCUCCAGCCCUCUGACAUUCAUGCCCAGGAGAAGGCUGCUUUGGGUCCCUCUGGACCUUUCCUAAAAAGGAGAUCCCUACUCACUAGAUGAGUUCCAGAAGCACCCACUAAGGCUCCCACAACCCUCUUUCAUCAGUUGACCUUCACCGAAACCCUAUCACGCAGGAUGAGUGGCUUCCUUGCCUCCCUGGACCCCCGGCGGGUGCAGUGGGGAGCCGCCUGGUAUGCCAUGCACUCCAGGAUCUUGCGCACCAAACCAGUGGAGUCCAUGCUGGAGGGAACUGGGGCCACCACAGCCCAUGGCACCAAGCUAGCUCAGGUGCUCACCACGAUGGACCUCAUCUCACUUGGCGUUGGCAGCUGCGUGGGCACGGGGAUGUACGUGGUGUCUGGUCUGGUGGCUAAGGAAAUGGCAGGACCCGGUGUCAUUGUGUCCUUCAUCAUUGCAGCCGUUGCAUCCAUAUUAUCAGGCGUCUGCUAUGCAGAGUUCGGAGUCCGCGUCCCCAAGACCACUGGGUCAGCCUAUACCUACAGCUACGUCACUGUCGGGGAAUUUGUGGCGUUUUUCAUUGGCUGGAACCUGAUCCUGGAGUACCUGAUUGGCACUGCGGCUGGCGCCAGCGCUCUGAGCAGCAUGUUCGACUCGUUAGCAAACCACACCAUCAGCCGCUGGAUGGUGGACAGCGUGGGAACUCUCAAUGGCCUGGGGAAAGGUGAAGAAUCGUACCCUGACCUUCUGGCUCUAGUGAUUGCAAUCAUCGUCACCAUCAUUGUUGCACUGGGGGUGAAGAAUUCCGUGGGCUUCAACAACGUCCUCAAUGUGCUGAACCUGGCAGUGUGGGUGUUCAUCAUGAUCGCAGGCCUCUUCUUCAUCAAUGGGAAGUACUGGGCUGAGGGCCAGUUCUUGCCCCAUGGCUGGUCAGGGGUGCUGCAAGGAGCAGCCACGUGUUUCUAUGCUUUCAUCGGCUUUGACAUCAUCGCCACCACUGGAGAGGAAGCCAAGAAUCCAAACACGUCCAUCCCUUAUGCUAUCACCGCCUCCCUGGUCAUCUGCCUGACAGCAUAUGUUUCUGUGAGCAUGAUCUUAACUCUGAUGGUGCCAUACAGUGCCAUCGACACGGAGUCCCCGCUCAUGGAGAUGUUUGUGGCCCAUGGGUUCUACGCUGCAAAAUUCGUAGUGGCCAUUGGGUCAGUUGCAGGACUGACAGUCAGCUUGCUGGGCUCCCUCUUCCCAAUGCCAAGGGUCAUUUAUGCCAUGGCUGGUGAUGGGCUCCUUUUCAGGUUCCUGGCUCACGUGAGCUCCUACACAGAGACGCCAAUGGUGGCCUGCAUUGUGUCAGGGUUCCUGGCAGCUCUCCUCUCACUAUUAGUCAGCCUGAGAGACCUAAUAGAGAUGAUGUCCAUCGGCACACUCCUUGCCUACACCUUGGUUUCUGUCUGCGUCUUGCUCCUUCGAUACCAACCAGAGAGUGACAUUGACGGUUUUGUCAAGUUCUUGUCCCAGGAGCACACAAAGAAGAAGGAAGGCAUCCUGGCUGACUGUGACAAGGAAGUUUGUUCUCCUGUGAGUGAAGGGGAAGAGUUUUCUGGCCCAGCCACCAACACAUGUGGGGCCAAGAACCUACCAUCUCUGGGAGACAACGAGAUGCUCAUAGGCAAAUCUGAUAAGUCAACCUACAAUGUGAACCAUCCCAACUAUGGCACUGUGGACAUGACCACAGGCAUAGAAGCUGACGAAUCUGAAAACAUUUAUCUCAUCAAACUAAAGAAGCUGAUUGGGCCCCGUUACUACACCAUGAGGAUCCGGCUGGGCCUUCCAGGCAAGAUGGAUCGGCCCACGGCAGCUACAGGGCACACGGUGACCAUCUGCGUGCUGCUGCUCUUCAUCCUCAUGUUCAUCUUCUGCUCCUUCAUCAUCUUUGGUUCCGACUACAUCUCAGAGCAGAGCUGGUGGGCCAUCCUUCUGGUUGUUCUGAUGGUGCUGCUGAUCAGCGCCCUGGUGUUCGUGAUCCUGCAGCAGCCAGAGAACCCCAAAAAGCUGCCCUAUAUGGCCCCCUGCCUCCCCUUCGUGCCUGCCUUUGCCAUGCUGGUGAACAUUUAUCUCAUGCUAAAGCUCUCUACCAUCACAUGGAUCCGGUUUGCAGUCUGGUGCUUUGUGGGUAUGCUCAUUUACUUCGGGUACGGCAUCUGGAACAGCACCCUGGAAAUCAGCGCGCGCGAAGAAGCCCUGCACCAGAGCACGUACCAGCGCUACGACGUGGACGACCCCUUCUCGGUGGAGGAGGGCUUCUCCUACGCCACGGAAGGCGAGAGCCAGGAGAACUGGGGCGGGCCGGCCGAAGACAAAGGCUUCUAUUACCAGCAGAUGUCAGAUGCCAAGGCCAACACCCGGACAAGUAGCAAAGCGAAGAGCAAAAGCAAACACAAACAGAACUCAGAGGCCCUGAUUGCAAAUGAUGAGUUAGAUUACUCUCCAGAGUAGGAGUAAACACACAAGAAACGUGUAGAAACGGUGGUGAUUCCUUUUCAGUAACUUAAACCGUGGGCUAGAGGAUGAAAACAUUUUUGGCUCUCAUUUCAAAAAUCCAGCCUUCCCCAGAGUCAGUCCCCAGUCAUAGCCUGUCAUUUGCUAGUUUUGCUCUUCCGGAUAGUUCUGUCGAAGAGUUUAACCUGGGUUUCAUCACUGAUCCCCUUGUUUAAAAAAAAAAAAAAGAAGAAGAAGAAGAAGAAGCUAAACCAGAGGCUGCAAGAAAUUCUGUCUUAGGUGUGACCAUCAGAGCUGAUGGCGGCAAGUGUUUCCUAGGCCUUUGCUUUGCUGGUUGAAUCUUUUUGCUUCUUAUGGAGACCCCAGAAGCAGGGGGCUCACUUUGGGGGCCACCCUGAGGCUGCAACUCCUCCUGGAGAUGUGCCAAAGCAGGCGGGUGUGGGUGUGGGCAGGUGGACGUGGGCACUUUCUCAGCAAGAAACGUUUGGUCUGAAAUCUCACAAAAACGAAUUCAUGGAGAAGACACAGGCUUCUUUUUAUUCACCAAGGUUCUCCCAAUCUCCAAACUCUCACUUUAGGAUCCAGCAAAGGUUAGGGACUCUGAGACCAUUUCCCCCAGAGGUCUGAGAGCUACCCUAAGUCAGCCUUGCAGAUCCAACAAUGUGGUAAGAAGCACCAUCAAAGCACUACUUGAAUGCCCAGGAA